AUGAUGAGCUUUGCUUAUAACUCACCAGUUCCUAUUGUUACUCCAUUCCCAUUCAUGUACAGUUACAGAGACCGUACCUCCACCAGUGCAAUCCUGCCUUCUAUGGCUUCAUCUUCAAGUGCCACUACCAGUCCUCCGCAACAGCCUUUGCAACAAGUUCAAUUAAAACAACCCCCACAAACACAACAGCUAUUAUCUGCCGUUGAACAACAUACUCAGGAUAGAAACCAACAAUUACAACAGCAACAACAGCAACAACAAACUCAAUUGGAUGCUGCGGUGAGAUUACAUCAACUUAGAAAUUCACAACCAACUCCUCCGAAGUUACCUUCUGUUGAACCUUCCCCUUCACAAUCACAAUCACAAUCACAAUCACAAUCUCUUUCACAACUAGAUAAACUUGCUCCACAAUUACCACCUUUAACUCCACAAUUGGCCACUCCCACAUUACAUCAAUCUGUUUCUAAACCACAACCUUUACAUCAACAGCAUUCACCAUCUUCUCCUUUGGCACAACCAUUUAUCCAAUCACCACCGGCUCAUGAGGAAUCUUCUCCAAUAACUUCUGCUGGCAAACCAAAACGUAAGAAUAGACCUGGUAAGAAAUUUGGGGCAAAGAAAAGAUCUUGGGUAUGGACAUGGUUUGAUCAAGAUUCUUCUGAUCCAAAUGUUGCUGGAUGUAAUUAUUGUGGUAAGAUUAUAAUUCGUUUAGCUUCUGAUAAAGGUUCACCAAAAAAAUUAAAUGAACAUUUGAAAACUCAUAAAAUUGAUAUUAAUUCUAUAAAUUAUUCAAGAAAUCCUCAUAUUGAUGGUCAUGGCAUUACAUAUUCAAAUUCUGGUCAACCUUUAGAUUAUCCUCCUAAUUUUAGAACAUUUAGAGUUCAUGAUAAUUCAAAUCAUGAUGAUACUACUUCUGAAACAAGUGGAGAUGAAAAUCAUAAUGUCAAAAAUACAGCCUCCACCACCACUACCAUCACCAAUAUCAAUAGAAGUACAUCAAGAGUUGAUUUAGAUAAUAAUAGAAGACUUCUUUCUUCUGAAUUUGAUAAUUCUCCUUAUUCACCAAAGAAGUUUAGAGCACAUUUAUUGAAAUUUUUAACUGAGAAUAAAUUACCUAUAAGUGUUAUCAAAUCCAAUUCUUUUCAACAAUUAAUUUAUGAUUUACGAUCGGAUUCAAUUUCCGAUUUAACUGAAUUAACAACAAUGUAUCCUACUUUGAUUGAAGUAAGUAGAUUUUCAAAAGAAAAAUCAAAUGAUGAUAAUAUGACUAAUGCCUUAACUGAACAAUUUGUGAAUCAUGUUGAACCAACCCUACUGCAAAAUAAUAACAAUAAUAUUCAAGAUUCUACUACUAUUAAUGACACUUCUAAUGACAAUUCUUCAAACACUACUGUUGGUAAUAAUGAUGCUCUUGAUUUAAAAUUAGACGCUAAUGUUAGGUCUCCUGGACAAUAA